UUGUCGUUUCCAAGAAAAGCAGCGCUUCCAAGAAAUCGAACAUUUUCACGCCCAUAUUUUUUCAGUUUCAGGGACUAUACAUCAGUUUUAUCUUGAUUCCAGGCUUAAAAUAAGUAUACGUAUAUUAGUUAUUUAGUAAAUAGAGCACAAAUCUGAAUUUAUCACAUAUGACAGCACAAGAUCAUCGAAAUAGUUUUACGUAGAAUAUAAGAUUGAGCCAUUUACUGAUCCAAUGAAUUCCAAGACGCCUUUCCGGCCAUCAAUCUAUCAAUUCCUCAUCUUUUUAUCUUUACUCUUGCAAACCAACUAUGCAGGUAAUCUUUGGAUAGAUAGUCCAAAUCAGCGUAUGUUUGCAAGAGAGGGGUCAGACAUAAGUCUAACGUGGAGAUAUAAGCUGUCACUAAACAGGAAGCCAAUGGAGAUUCUCUUUGGCACGUGGGAGGAUCCUGGUUAUAUAAAGACCAAAUUACUUAUAGCUAAGCCUUCUGAAUCUCAACAUUAUGUCCAAGUUACCAAAGGAAGAAUUAAGUUUGAAGGCAACUUGUCAAGCAAUGGAACAGCAAUCAUAACUAUGCAUAACGUAACUCUACAAGAUAACAAAGAAUUUGGGUUUGAGAUUUUUAUUGGACUUUGUUGCUCUCCAUUAAGGGACUAUUUCUCAUUAGUAGUUUACACACUUCCUCCAAAUCCAGUUAUUUUGCAAAACAACAUUACCAAUGGUUCUUUGUAUUUAUUAUGGCAACCACCAAAACAGCAAGUGCUGCGUUAUCCAAUCACACAGUACACAAUAUGGAUCAGGAAAAACCAUUCACUGUGGAGAACACUAAAUACCUCUUCGACAAAGCACAUUGUACAACUGUGGGGAGUGGGGGCAUAUGAUUUCGGAGUCACUGCUUGGAAUCGCUGGGGUCAGAGUAUGCUAAAAGUAAAUCAUACUGCAACUGUUUUAGCAGACGUCACUCCAACCACUGCUGUUGUAGAUACAUCCACGCGCACAGAGAAAGUACGAAAUAUUGUCACAGUGCAACCAGCUUCAUCAGCAGCUACUACAGUAGUCACAGUACAAGGUGGUGCUCGUGAUCCCAGUAGGAGUCCCCCGAGGAACUAUACAUUGCCAAAAUUUAUGAUAUACAUUAUAAUUUCAACUGCUGUUGCUUUUGUCUUCGCCUUUUCAAUUUGUCUUGCCAUCGUGCUAGUCUAUAACAAAUCCAAAACAAAAGGAAAAUAUUAUGAAAGAAAGGCCAGGAAAGAUGACGAGUCAGUAGACGAUGUCGUCAUUGAUUCAGUUAAGGAAGACCAAGRCUCGAACAACUUCAUUGUUUUAAAUGAGGAAAUCGAUAACGAAAGAGAACACUUCAAAAUGUUUCCCUGUACUCUUCAUAAAAGCACUCGGGUAUUUCCCAUGCAGACAUUUGGACUUCAAUUGCAUAAUGCUAGAGCUCAUUCUGUGUCGACUCAUUGUCAAUCGAAUAGUUCUAAUAAACAGUCAACGGUUUCUAAAGACGUUGAUGUUAUUUGUUUUGGUGAUGAAGGCAAUGUACAUCAAUACCAGCACAUCGAUGGGGAAGAGGCUCCGGAACUUCCACCACGAAGUCUUCCAAUGGCAAAGAGAACUAGGAGUUCUUGUAAAAUGAAUAAAAGAAAACAAAGCCUGUGUCUCGUAGGUAGCAGCAAGACGGACGUCUUAGAAGAGAAAAUAAGAGCCAAAGGCCCGGGCAAUGGAAAACGCAGAAAGGAUUCUUAUAAUAGAGAAAGUGUUUUGUCAUGGUCAAAAAGCAGUUCCGAGUGCACAGACCUUACGGCACCGAACAACUUAAAGCGAAUCGUAUCAUCAGAAAACAAAAUGUCAGGUGACAACAAAGGCGUUUUGGAAUCUAGUUAUCCAUACCGCAAACCCAGCAAGAUCAAGAAAGAAUAUUUAUUCACUAGGCAAUUAGAAAGUCAAAGGCAUGACUGCCCUGUCUAUGACAAUAACGAAGACAAUAGAGAAGGAGAAUAUACAUGCAUGUAUUCAAACUUGGAAAAUCCGAAAACCGAUUGGGAAGUGUGCCCAAAGGAUAUAAAGUUAUUCCGUAGAAUUGGGGCUGGAUCGUUUGGUCAGGUUUGGAAGGGAUCGCUUAAGGGAAAAGCAGUUGCUGUGAAAUUACUGAAUGAAAAGGCAUCUCCCUCAGACAAGCAAGACUUAUUAUCCGAACUUGAGGUGAUGAAGACUUUAAAACCACACCCAAAUGUCGUAAGACUCAAAGGUUGCUUAAGUAAGGGAACAGUCACCUGUAAUGACAAAACGUUCAAACCUCCCCUCGUGUUCCUCGAGCUGGUUACGUAUGGAGACCUUCUGGGUUACCUGCGAAAAAGUCGAGGUGAAGACGACACCUAUUACGUCAAUAAAGGCUUGAAGAACCCUAAGAAAGUAGAUCCUCAGCAUCUUUUUAGUUUUGCCCUCGACGUAGCAAAAGGGAUGGCUUUUCUAGCAGAGAACAAGAUUGUCCAUCGGGAUCUUGCUGCAAGGAACGUUUUAAUUGGUGACAGACUGAGGUGCAAAAUUACUGAUUUUGGCAUGGCAAGAGCACUUAGUGAUGACGACAUAUAUACAAAAAGAUCGAACGGCUUGUUUCCUGUAAAAUGGAUGGCUCUUGAAUCUCUAUUGUACCAAAAGUACACAACAUACAGCGAUGUCUGGAGCUAUGGAAUAGUUUUGUACGAAAUAUUUACAUUAGGUGGUCAGCCAUACUCUGGAAUGGCUGGAAUAGAAGUCAUAGAAAUGGUCAAAGGUGGAAAACGACUACCAAAGCCUCCACACGUUUAUACCAAACUGUGAGUACCUUUCUUGGCUGCUACGUUCAAUAGACCCUUUUCGAGUUCCAAAUUACCGCUGUGUUUCUUGAUUACAGACUCAUUUGAUCAGGCUAAGCCUGGAUUUUGUAAAGAAUAUUCCGGUGUUCCAGGCAAGGUCCGUCGAGUUUCAAAGUGUUCGUAUUGUUUAAGUUGUGCAUUCUUUACUUUACUGUUGGUAUU